ACCUGGGUGGGGCCUCGGAGUCCCCUCCUUGAGGUCCCCAUGGGCCGCUGGCUCCUCAGCAUGCUCCCAUCACUUUGUUGCCUUGGUAAGUAGGGUGGGGGUCCUGGCACGCAGGUGCCCGAGUGGGCUAGGGAGUUGGGGGCUGGUACACUCCCUGAGGUCCCUGGUGGCUCCCCACCCACCUCCAGAGACAGCGAGCGGCGGAAGGGGGAUUGGGCAGCAGGUGGGGUGCCCCCGCACUCCUGCUGAGCCCGCUCAGCCAGGGCCAGGGCCAUGAGGCGUGCUGGGUUCUUAGGGGGUGGCUUGGGGCACCUCCAGGUCGCAGGAGAGACAAGGGACGGGGUGGCAAUGGUGACUCUGUAUCAGGACCUAUAUAAAUGAAUGAAGAGAGGGGUUCAGCGGGGUCCGGCACCUCAGCGUCAGUGAGGGCAGGCAGGACAGGAGUGGGAAGGCUGCGCAGGACUCGCCGAGCCCGCCCUGGGCUCCCUGGAGCUUGCUGCAGGUCUCCUGCUGGUAGGUGUCAGUCAGUGGCACCUCCAUUCCACCAAGCAGCUGAGGGAUGAGAAGCCUGGUCAUGGUGCCCCUGCUGCAGGCGGGGGGUGACUUGCGACUGCAUGACCAGCGGGGUCGCACCCCCCGAGACUGGGCUGAGCAGGGUGGGGCCCAGCAGAACUGGGAGGUGAGCAGUGGCCUUGGUGGGAGCGAGAGCGAGAGUUCCGGGCCGGCUCCCACUGGGCCUCACCCCACGUGCCCUCCUCCAGGUGCUGGAGCUGUUCCAGCUCUGCGGGGCCCACAUAUCAGCCUUACUGCAUGGUGGUGAGUUGCCACCCAUGGCAUCUCUGGGCCAGUUGCAGGCCAGAUCUGGGAACAGCCCGCCUGACUCCCUGUCCUCCCUGAGGCUGAUGCCGGCAGACAGGGCGCUGAGACUAGCGCAGAUCAGGAGAGCCCCCCCAGGUUCCGGCCUUGGGGUUCGGUCAGGUAAGCGGGAGCGGUUGGGGGAGUGGGAACCACCCGUCUUCUUCGUGCCUCAUGGUCCUGCUCCUCGUCCCCAGCUGAGUAGCCUGUGGCCGCUGGGGCUGGUAACGGGCAUCCCCCUUGCGGACCCCAAAGAGCUGCUGGCAGCCCAGGGAGAGGCCGACCGCACCUACGAGAGCAGCUCCCACACCCUCAUGGCCAACCUCCUGUGGAGGGGCCACCCCGUGACCGUGCGGCAGCUGAAGUCCCCUGGAACCCAGCCUGAUGUGCUGCUGGCUGACCUUCAGCACUGCAGCACGCUGCACCACCCCGGCCUGUUGCUGCUGAUGGCACUGAGCCCCUCUGCAGACCUGUCGGGGCUGUGCCUUCUCUUUGAGCCUGUGUGGCUGGGCUCCCUGCACGGGGUGCUGCACCCUCGGGGACCAAGUGAGGAGGGACCCCGGACUGUGCCGGGCCUGCCGCCUGGCCCGCUGCUGCUGCAGGUGCUGGAGGCCCUGCUGUUCCUGCAGGCCCGCUGGCGAGCUCACGGUGGCCUCAGCUCCCAUGCUGUGCAGCUGGUGCGGCCAGGCCUGGCUAAAGUGGCCCACCUGGAGCACGGGCGCCCCCUGCACCAGCGCUGGCUGCGGCCCAGGCCACAGCAGGGCUACCCGUGGGGAGGCCCAGGCCCAGGGCUUCCCCCACCCCCUGAACUGUACCCGUGGCUGCCACUUGAGCUGAUCUGCAGUGACAUUCCCACCACCACCUCGGACCUCUACGGCUUCUGCACCCUGGCCCAGGAGGUCUUCACCGGAGAGCUGCCCUGGGCUGGUAGAGGGGGACCGGAGGUGAAGGCCAAGCUGGAGGCAGGGGAGAGCCCGGCCCUGGACCCUCGGGUGCCAGCGCCCUACCAGGCCCUGCUUCGAGCUGGGCUAGGCCUAGCACCUGCCGACCGCUGGGGCAGCCUGCAGAGUACCCGAUACCUACUGCGGGAGGCCAUGGCCCAGGACGUGGCUCCUGAGGUAGGCUCCCCGAUGGAGUGGACCACGCUGUCCCCUGCGCCCCAGGCUUCCCCACCACAGAAACUGUACUGUGAAAUGGCUCACAGAGCCAAGAGCACACCCAGGCCUGUGCCCACUGUGGUGUCUCCAGGCCGCAUCCCAUCCCAGGCCCCAGAGACUCCUGAGGUCACAGGCCACAGCAGGGUCCCGAGGGGCGUAGCUUGGAACUCGGACAGCAGUUUGACUCUAGGCAGCGGCCCCACAGCCAGGGCCUACCUGCAGUGCUGCGGAGAGCCCGGCUCAACGGGCCCUUCCCUGCACUCCAACUCCAGCCUCCAGGACUCAGCCUCCCUGCUGGGGACCCCGAGCUCUGCGGAGCAGUUUGAGGAAGCUCUCAGCCAAGACCCCAGCCCUGCAGGGGCUGCUGCGGCGCACACACAGGGUUACCCUGCUGGACCCCCAGCCCUACACCCGGUGCUGAGCUGACUGGAGGAGGUCUUUUCCCCAGCCUGCAGAAGUGAGACCUGAGGCCUUGCGUGGGACGACCCCGAGGCCCUUCUUCAUCCCUGAGGUAACCCUACGUCUGCCCUUGCCUCCCUGCUCCCCAGGAUGGACCUGCUGGAGGAGAUCCUGGCAGAGCUGCAAAAAGGAUGUCAGCUCGGAGAAAAGCCCAGCCU